UCCUCUUCUCCCUCUGCUCCCUGAAGAAGCAGGGACACACACAGAGUCUCCAGAAGGAGCCGAUUCAGAGACUCAGCUGCACCUGUUCCUGCAGAAGCAUCUAAGCUCAUGAGGACCAAGAGGCUGCUUGAGAUGAAACUGAACCAGCGUCUUCCUGUGCUGCUGCUGUUCUCCAUCUGUCUCCUUGUCCUGCCUUCGUCCUCCACCCCCCACCACGACUCAGAUGACUCCAAACUUCUACAGGUGACCAUCGCUGACCCCAAUCCAGUGGCUGUGCUGGGGGGCAAUCUGACGUUACCCUGCUUGGUGUCUGUCACCCAUCUUCUGCCGUCUCCCUCCACCAACGGACGUCACGCUGUCCUCACUCUUCCCCGGAUCAAGUGGAGUGUACUGACUCACGGUCGAGACACAGAAAUACUGGUAGCGCGUGGGGACAGAGUGAAGGUCAGCGAGACCUUCAAGGAUCGAGCCUCACUGCUGAACUACGCCUACUCCCCUGCUGACCUCACCCUGCAGCUGGAAGACCUGAGGCAGAACGACACAGGUUUCUACCGCUGCGAGGUACAGCAGGGCCUGGAGGAUGCUAACGAUGUGGUCCAUGUUAAAGUCAAAGGGGUAGUGUUUCAUUAUCGUGAUGCAUCCAGUCGUUACGCCUUCACCUUUGAGAUGGCCAAAGAGGCCUGCAGGGAGAUCGGUGCAGAAAUGGCUUCUCCAGAGCAGCUCCUGGCUGCGUACCACAGUGGAUAUGAGCAGUGUGAUGCUGGCUGGCUCUCAGACCACUCUGUGAGAUAUCCCAUUCAGAUGCCCAGAGAAGGAUGCUUCGGGGACAUGGAUGGGACUCCAGGUGUAAGGAACUAUGGGCUGUUGGAGCCUGAUGAGCUGUAUGAUGUUUACUGCUAUGUAGAAAACAUUGAAGGUGUGGUGUUCCAUGGCUUCGCUCCCCAGCGUUUCACCUUCUGGGAGGCCAAGGCUUACUGUCUGAAUCAUGGGGCAGAACUGGCCACCACGGCUCAGCUGUACGCAGCCUGGAAUGAAGGCCUGAACCACUGCAGUCCUGGGUGGCUGGCAGAUGGAAGUGUGCGUUACCCCAUAGUCACCCCUAGAGAGCGCUGUGGUGGUGGUGAACCUGGUGUUAGAACGGUCUAUCGAUACAGCAACCAGACGGGCUUUCCUGAGGCCCACACACAUCAUGAUGUCUACUGCUUCAGAAGUGAUAACAGCUCUCACACUGAACACACAGAAUCAUCACAUAUCCAGGAUUAUUUGACCACUGAUCCACAGGAUGUGGUUUUCUCAACUAGUCCAGCUGAGGAUGAGGUUACCUACAGUGAGGUGACGUCAACGGUGGGUGAGGAGGUGCUACAUGUCCAGACAGUCAGUGUUGUAAAGCAGUCUCCUGUGGAGGCUCAGCUCCCAACACAGGCCUAUGAGGAAGAGUCGUUGUUCACAGAAGACUUUCAUCAGACCGUCACCUCCACACCUGAUCACCAAACUUACCCGACCGCCAAAGAUACCUGGGAGCCUGUACAGAAGGCCAGCUAUCCAGAGGCCUAUCAACCACAACCAGAAGAUCCAGAAGCAGAUGAUACUGAUUCACACGAACAACCAACACUGUCAGAUGUUACUGGUGUGGUAACUACUCCAGAGGAGUCAACUUUACCAACAGUUGUUGGAACAGAUAGUGAGACCCACACCCUGAAUACACCAGGAGUUACUGAAACAUCUGGAUCUGACUGGGAAGAGUUGGUGAACAGUUCUUCAGGUGAAGACCAUGCUCCUCAGGUCCCCUUCAAACCAACUUUAAAAACUCUGCUCUUCUAUUCUACCACCACCCACGAUGUCUCUGAGCAGACAGGAGAAACCAGCACAGGAUAUACUGAUGAGGUGACCACAGUGUCGACUUCAUCUAUUGUUGACUUCACUACGCCCCCUGCUGACCAUCUGACAGAGGUGGCGCACAGAGACACAGACACUGGUUCUCAUAAAGAUGAAGCAGUAGUUAAGAGUUACUCUGACACAGGGACUUCAUCCUGUGUGGAACACCUGUAUGUGACUGAGUCAAGUUAUUAUCAUAACGGAUGGAUAAAGGAAUCCUUUACUCCAGAGAAUCAUGAUGAGGAUGAAAGCGGAGAGGAAGCAGAUCCUGCAGAGCAGAGUGGACAAAUCCAGUCUACUUCAUCAGGAGCGGAGGCCAUUCUAGUCACAGACGACUUCAACUCUAAUGAGGAUCUUUCUGCUCAAAGAUCUAAUCCUGUCAGUUUAGCAGCAACUGUAACUCUGUCUCCUCUCACUGCAGAAAUUACAUCUCUAGAAAUGACCACCUUGAUGGCCAAUGACAAUACUUCACCAGUGAAUGAGUUAGUGGAAGAGAUUCAGUUAGAGGUCAACCAAGGUUUGGGACAAAGUCUAGAAUCCUUUAUCAGUUCAAGGCCAAAUAUUACAGACAGUGAUCCAAAAGAUAAGAACCAAGAAGCUGAGGAUGGAUCAGGUGAAUCAUUAGAAGAUAAUAUGGAGAUAGAACCAGGAACAGAACCUAUGGUGACAAGCCCAACUAUCCCAACUGAACCGACCCCUGAGAGGGCCCGUAGUGAAGCUCACAGCGAUGCUUAUUCAGACGUCACGAUCAAAGUGAUCCCUCAUCCAACUGUCACUCCCAGCUGGGAUCUAGAACCUUCUUCCUCUACGCUGCUGGAGUCUCGCUCUGAUCGAGAAUAUAGCGCUGAGACCUCGGCUACAGAGGACACAGACAGCAUCUCAAAGGAGCCAGAUGUGAUCACCCUGAACUGGAAACAAGUACCAGACUCUCAAAAAAACACAGACAACAUCUCUACAGAGCAUGAGGUCAUUACCACCAGCAUCUUCGACGAACUCGGACAUGCUCCAGUCAAAGACAGAACAGCCACAGUCCAGCCAUCUGAGGAAACACACACUCUGGAUGGUGCAGCUCCUACUGUGGACCUCUAUGGACAGUCACUCACGCCUCCUUCACUGUCCUCUGAGGAUUUUGAACACAAUAAUGAUGUCGAUGAAGAGGAGGGUGAGGAGGAAGAAAAGGUCGACUCCCUGCCUGCUGAGCGUCCAGGAGCCAUUUCAGUUGCAGACUCCUGUUUGGAGAACCCCUGCUUUAAUGGAGGCACCUGUGUUGAGGGUGAAUCAGUCAAGUGCAUUUGUCUUCCUGGGUACCAAGGAGACUGGUGUCAGAGAGACCUGGAGGACUGUGAACUGGGCUGGGAGAAGUUCCAGGGCUUCUGUUACCGUCACUUUACAAAGAGGCAGAGCUGGGAGGUGGCUGAGCAGCACUGCAGGAUGAACAAUGGUCACCUGAUUUCUGUCAUGACCCCAGAAGAACAGGACUACAUCAACGAAAAGUACAAAGAAUACCAGUGGAUUGGACUGAAUGACAGAACCAUAGAGGGAGAUUUUCGCUGGUCAGAUGGAAAUCCUCUGCUGUAUGAGAAUUGGUACAGGGGCCAGCCUGACAGCUACUUCCUGUCGGGUGAGGACUGCGCAGUGAUGGUGUGGCACGAUGGUGGCCAUUGGAGUGACGUACCAUGUAACUAUCACCUGUCCUACACCUGCAAGAAGGGAGUCUCCUCAUGUGGCGAGCCUCCUCAACUUCCCCACGCUAGAGUCUUUGGGAAGAAGCGUUCGCGCUACGAGACCAAUGCACGACUGCGGUACUACUGUGAUGAGGGUUUCAUUCAGAAACUGAAUCCUGUCAUCAAGUGCCUGCCCGGUGGCCAGUGGGAGGAGCCUCUGAUCACCUGCAUACCAAGAGCUAAAUCCAUGGAAGACACCUCCAUCACCUCACUGCCUAACCAGCAUGCUGACGUGACGGAGGACUUGGAGGCCACAGACGUCAUGGAUGAAACCAUGGAAACAGUAACACCAGUGAUUAGAGACAUUAACUGGACCAUGUAGACUCACUUUGCCUUUAAUUGUUUUUAAUGCUUGAUACAUUCCUUAAGUCUUUUCAGACCAUUAUAUUUUAAAUUGAUCUGUUUGGAUCUGAAACAUGAUGAUGUUUUAUAUUAAAGAACUUGCUUUUCGGUCUCUAGACAUGGUAAGGAGGAACAACCAAGCUAAAGUCAAUUAUCUUCAACUGCAGGGUGAGCCGGGACAAGUAGUGUGUGCAGAGUUUACGCUGGAUGGUUAGCUGGUCCAUUGCAGGACCACAUGUAGAGACAAACAACCAUUCACACUCUCAUUCAUACUUAUGGUCAAUUAAGAAGUUAAUAUAAUCCUGAUUGCCUGGACAUGACCAACCAACACCCCUAGUUUUGAAUCUAUAGCCAUAAAGAAUAAAAGAAAAUUCUUAAAACA